CCGUAUUUAAUGAAUUAAAUUGUGAACUUUGCUAUUAUUUAUAUAUUUAUUUAUUUUUAAAAUAAUUUAUUUUUAUAUAUUUAUUACUAUUAACGUACUAUUAAACGUACCUUUAGCUUAAAAACGACGUAAAAUACCCGUACGUAUUUUUUACGUAACUUUCCCGUACCGUAUUUUACUAACUAUGCUCUCAGGGUCAUGAACUUCCUCCUCCAUGGAUGAAUGCCAACAAUUCGAUAUUUGCUUCUCAAAUCACCCUCAAAUUAUUUUGGCGUGUGUUUGGAUAUUUGGAUUUGUGUGAAAUUCAUGGGGUGAUUUCCAAAUACAUGGCUAGUGUAUUACUUGUCAACUUCAAAUACAUUUCAACAACUAGUGAUUUGAAAUACCUCCUAACAAAAAAUAGGACCUAUUUGUAAAAUAUUAAAAAUUUAGGUACUAUAGUGUAAGGCACGACAUAUUAAGGUACCGAAACAUAAUAUUACCAUAAAAAUUCUGGACCUUUUUGUAAAAUUUUAAAAGUGUAGGUACUCAAUUAUAAGGAAAAAUAAACUUGGGUACUAAACUGUAAUUUAUCAAAAACAUGCUAGUAUUUCAAAUGCAUGUAUUUCAAAUAUAAGGUAUUUGAAAUACACCUAUCAAACCUACCCAUAGAGUGCUACUUUUACCUAGGAAAGUUUCCAAACUUGCCAAUUACAACAACUAUUGAUUGAUUGUACAUUAUUGAUGAGGAAAUGGUUCGCUAAAACUCCUAACAAGGGCAAGUGUACCAAUGAUAGGAUUGCAUUAUAAUGACUUUUAAUUAUGAAAUUAUCAUAUCCUCGGGUAUCUAGAUUAACCAUUACUCAACUUCAAUUUAUUAUGUAGCCAAUUCAGGUUCCAAGUUCAAUUACUUGCAAUGGUUACAAAUGCUCGAACAACAAAAUAAUUACACUGACCGAGUUCAAAGUGAGAAAGCUCACUCAAAUAAUAAUUACCCCUAGCUACUAGUUAAAUUUCGAAUAAUGGCAUCAUAACUUCUUUCAUUCCUCAUUCAUAAUGCGGAGAGUCUUUAACUAGCCAGAAUCUUGAUUAAAACAAUUAAAACCCUUUUUACUUGAUUGCUUAGAAGGACUCUAUUAUCAACUAAGAAAAUUGGCCAAGGCAAUUUAAUCUCGACUCCCUCUGUUAAAUUUUCGUCCGAUACAAAGCAGUGAGUAAACUCAAUUUCAUGUAAUCCAUCCACUACUUCCAAUCAAUGAUUGAUCUAAUCAACGUAAUAGAGUAUUCUCUCUCAUAGGUUAAAAUAGAAAUCAACAAUACUUUAUCAAGGCAAAGAUGAUUCAUGAAAUAUGCAUAUAUUGGAUAUGAUCGAGUUUAAUAAUUCAGAGUACUCAUACAAAUCAAAUCAACAAACCAUUGCUAGGGUUCCUCAUACCCAAGUGAAAAAUAAGUUUACUCUAUAGAGAUAAUAAAACACAAAAAAGAGGAAGAAUGACUUUAUGAUGAUGAUGAUCUUCUUUGAUCUUCAAACUCCUCUUCUAAGUUUAUUCCUUGAGCUCCAAUGGUGAAAAGUUUACCCAAGUUUUGCUCUAACAACUCUCUAGGAUCCGUCCUCUUUCUGAUUUGAAGUCCAAACUUAGCUCUCCAUUUCAGAAAUCGUAGAAAACCUAUUUAUACCUGAACCAACCGCAAAGUCACGGUCAGAAGUCACAACUAUGACUUUGAGAAUUAUGACAGUAACUUUCAAAACACAACGCAACAAUUAGUGGGCAUGAGGGGAAAGUCACGAACAUGAUAAAGAAAAGUCACAGUCGUGACUUUCCAUGUUUUGCCUAUGACUUUUGAUUAGAGCCUCUCUGAUAGUCUUUCACGACCAUGACUUUUGUUCCCGAUCCCCUUUGGCUUCUUUUUCAACCUCCAAUGCCUGAACCUUACUCCCAAUCCACCUCCAUUUUGUAGCACCUGAAAUAUGUUAAAGAACACAAUCUAGCGUAAAAUUGACAAAAGAGAGGGCAUUUCCAAGGUAAAUGAUCAAGAAAUGAGAGUCAAAAUAUGUAUAUUAAGCAAAUAUAAGAAAAAUACCAGUGUUGCCCAUAAAAAAUACCACUGCCAACUGUAUAGGCGGUCCGAUAAAAAACUUCCUUCACGAGCCUAAGCGGAUAGUCGAUUUUAAUAGUACGAAAAGGUUGAACUACGAUUACAUAACCAAAUACCCUACCACUAACCCUUACAACCUCCGAUACAAUUUACAAAUUUCUUUUAAAAAAUCAAGGUAGACGGUUUGGUACCAAAUGAAUUGAGAAUUCAUUUUAUUUUAAAAUAAAUUAUUGUGACGGAUCGGACUGGUGUGCUCUUGGAGUAUACUGUACUCCACGUACUCGUAGAGAGACAUCUCUAUCUAGACCAUGAAUUAAACCGAAUUUAGGGUAUGAUACUAUACCCUAACUUUUAAUAAAUAAACCCUAAGCAUCGAUUCUCUAAACUCAAACCCAAAUUUCAAUAUAAUAGAAAAUAAUAAUUAACCGUUAUUUUUUUUUUGUGUGAAAUAAACACAGCACAAGGUUGUACGACCUGAACGUAGGAGAUCACAGCUCUUAAACCCUCAUCUUUCGAUUUGCAGCGCCGAGAGGCGAAAGCUCCUUAAACCCUCGGAGCUCUACGUCUAAACUCCACAGUUCAGUUUCCCGUUCCUCCAUUCCCUCCCUUUCCUCCACACCGCUUGUUCGUUUGAUGUCCGCCGUCGCAGCAGCCAGAGCUAAUCCUCUUCUCAAGUCUCUCCCACCUUUCCUAACAUGGCCCCACCUCCGCUUCCGCACCAUCUGCAGUGGCCGCCUCGGCUUUGCCCCCUCCGAUCCCGACCACCCAGUCGCCGGAACCAAGCUCCUCGAUUCUUUCAAGGAGGAAUUCGAGAUUGGCACCAGCCUGAUAACUUUAGAAACCGGCAAAAUCGCCAGGUUUGCUAAUGGCGCUGUCGUAUUAGGCACCGGAGAAACCAAAGUUCUUUCCACAGUCGCCGCCUCCAAAGGCGACGCCCUACGCGAUUUCCUGCCCCUCACUGUUGAUUAUCAAGAGAAACAGUUCGCACAAAGUCUAAUUCCCACCACCUUCAUGAGAAGGGAAGGUGCUCCAAAAGAAAGGGAGCUUUUAUGUGGCCGUCUUAUUGAUCGACCAAUUCGUCCUCUAUUCCCUCAUGGGUUUUAUCAUGAGGUUCAGGUGAUGGCAAGUGUUCUUUCAUCUGAUGGACGACAUGAUCCGGAUGUGAUGGCAGCUAAUGCGACAUCUGCUGCACUGAUGUUAUCUGAUAUUCCUUGGGGAGGCCCCAUUGGGAUGAUACGAAUUGGGAGGAUCGAUGGACACUUCAUUGUUAAUCCCACAAUGGAUGAGCUGAGCUUAAGUGAUCUCAACUUAGUGUAUGCAUGUACAAAGGAGAAAACUUUAAUGAUUGACGUUCAAGCUCGUGAGAUCACAGAGAAAGAUCUUGAAGCUGGAUUGAGAAUGGCUCAUCCAGAGGCAGUGAAGUACCUUGAACCCCAAAUCAGACUAGCGGCAAAAGCUGGAAAACAGAAAAAGGAGUAUCAACUAUCUAUGUUGUCACAAAAGACAUUGGAAAAAGUUGGUACAUUGGCAGAAGCCAAUAUUAAAGCCGUCUUUACUGAUCCUUCUUACGGAAAGUUUGAACGUGGAGAAGCCUUAGAGAAUAUCAUGCAAGAUGUAAAGCAACAGCUUGAAUUGGAAGGUGAUGAGGAAAUCAUAAAAAUUCUUCCAAAGGCAAUAGACACAGUGCGAAAACAGGUAGUGCGUAAGAGGAUUAUUACAGAAGGAUACAGACUCGACGGGAGACAUCUUGAUGAAGUGAGGCCUAUUUAUUGUGAGGCUGGGCACUUGCCCAUUUUGCAUGGAUCAGCACUUUUUAAUCGUGGGGACACUCAGGUUCUUUGCACUGUAACACUUGGAGCACCUCAAGAUGCUCAACGCCUAGAUGCCAUUGUUGGACCCUCAACAAAACGUUUCAUGUUGCACUACAGUUUUCCUCCAUUUUGCAUAAAUGAAGUUGGUAAAAGGACCGGGCUUAACAGACGCGAGGUUGGCCAUGGAACCCUUGCAGAAAAGGCGCUACUAGCAGUUUUACCUCCAGAAGAUGAGUUCAAAUACACUGUUCGCAUAAAUUCGGAAGUCAUGGCGUCUGAUGGGUCAACGUCUAUGGCAACUGUUUGUGGAGGCAGUAUAGCUUUGAUGGAUGCUGGUAUUCCUCUACGAGAGCAUGUAGCAGGUGUUUCUGUGGGUCUUGUUAGUGAAGUUGACUCGACUGGGGAAAUUACAGACUACCGUAUAUUGACUGAUAUUUUGGGCCUGGAAGAUCAUUUAGGGGAUAUGGACUUCAAAAUUGCUGGAACACGGAGUGGCAUCACUGCAAUUCAGUUGGAUAUUAAGCCAGCUGGAAUCCCAUUGGAUAUUGUUUGCGAGAGUUUGGAAGCUGCACGCAAAGGUCGUCUUCAGAUUCUCGAGCACAUGGAAAGAGAAAUUAGUACUCCACGUUCUAAGGAUGACAGGAAUGCCCCUCGACUAGCUAGCUUAAGGUAUAGCAAUGAUGCUCUUCGUCGCUUGAUCGGACCUCUUGGUGCAAUUAGGAAAAAGAUUGAAGAGGAAACAGGUGCACGUCUGUCAGUUAGUGAUGAAACACUGACAAUAGUUGCCAAGAAUCAGAAUGUGAUGGACAAAGUGCUAGAAAAGGUUGAUUCCAUCAUUGGCCGGGAGAUCACAGUUGGUGGGAUAUACAAAGGCGUUGUAACUUCAAUAAAAGAAUAUGGCGCCUUUGUGGAGUUCGGUGGUGGCCAGUAUGGUUUGUUGCAUAUUUCUGAAUUGUCACAUGAGCCGGUGACACGAAUUUCAGAUUUAUUAUCCAUCGGCCAGCAGAUUUCUGUGAUGUGCAUAGAGCAGGAUGUUCGUGGCAACAUAAAAUUAUCCCUUAAACGAAUGUCACCUAGAUCAGCAUCACUAGAAGUCGAUGCCAUUACACCAGAGGUCAAUGUCAGUGAUUUUAUUGUUAGCAAGGAGACAUCAGCAAAUGCUCAGUCUUUGGCCAGCAGUGACUCCACUCAGCUAGAUGCAAAAUCGGUUGCGGAUUUGUUGUCACAGGCUGUCAGCACAUUGGAAGAUUCUUCUACUUCUUCGCCAGAUUUUCGGAUCCGUAGUGUUGCAGAGUGUGACGAGGAGGAAGAAAGAUUCAAGAGCACCUCUAAUAAGUUGUGGUCAUCCAAAUUGAAGCAAAGUCAGGAUUCCUGUUCAUCAUCAUCUACUUUUAAUGUCGUUCCAGACGUUAAGGAUGAAACAAAAGCCAAGGGUCCCAUAAGUGCGAAAAAUCUGAAACUUGGAACGACCGUUACUGCAAAAGUUCAUCAGAUACGUGCGCUCGGUCUGGUCCUUGAUUUAGGAGGUGGAGUUCGUGGAAUGUAUCGCUUUAAGGAUCACGGGAAGACGGACUAUGCAGUUGGUGAUGAAUUGCGAGUUACGUGUACCAGCUUUUCUAGUAAAGGGAUCCCAGUGAUGUCUUUGGAGAAUGAUGAUUAGUUACCCAUCCAUUCUCAGUCUCAGUAAAGCUUUAGAUCGCAGAAGACAGAGUUCAUUACUUACUACCUGAUUGAAUAACAGAAUUUUUUUAGGGUUUUAGACCUGAACCACUUCUCCCUGACCUACUAAAUUUUGGUUGCUAGGCUCAUCAGUGUACCCUUUGGUAAAUUUGAUGUUAGAAUCAACAUUGCGGGUUAGUCACUGCACGAGAUUCGUCUCAUCUAUUUCACGUUCACCUGCACUGUUUUGCAUAAUCACAAGUCCCCCUUGUUGAGUUCAUCUUCCUCUUCCUGAUGGCGGUCUGAUGAACCAUUAGGGAAUUCAAGAGGAUAUGAAAGAGGCAGUCUGAUGAUGCUCAUAUAUGUAACACCGCCACCAGUCAUCAUACGGUUUAGACUGUCACCAAACCGGCGAAUUGAAGUUCAAAAUGACAUCUUGAAAUUUUAUUGUAUAUUUGACUCUUUAUGUGGGCACCUAAUUGAGCUACCACGUGCUAGCAUAGAGCACGGUACGAAUAAUAUAGGAGUUGUGCUUGAUCUAAAUUUCAUGAUCACGGGCAUGUCAAUGUCUUUAAAUAACAUGAUCUAUAUAAUAAUUAUGUGUUUGUGUUAGAAGUGAUUGAAAACGUUAUUUGUAAUAAUUACGAUAAAUAACAUAGUUGAAGAAUUUAAAAAAACAUGUGGAGGUCAAAUCACACCACUAUAGUAGGGAUGGCAAUGGGUCGGGUUGGGUCGGGUUUUGCCAAACCCAAACCCAAACUCAUGGGUUUAUCCGUGAAAAAAACUCGGGGUAAAACCCACUGGGUUUGAAAAACUCAAACCCAACCCAACCCGCUGGGUAUCCGCGGGUUCAUGGGUACCCAUGGGUUUUUUUCGUAAAAAAUUUACAAUAACAACUUCCUAUCAAAAUUAAAGUCAAAUAUCAAUCUCUCAAUACAAAUUAUCCAUAUUUAAAACACCAUUCUAGAAAAUUCAAGCAAAUCACAAAUUAACUAUACAAAUUGUUCAACACCAAUCUAGAAAACUCAAGAAAAUUGAAGUAAAUCAUAAAUUAUCCAUAAAUAACAUGAUUAAUUGAAGGCUUCUUCCUUUCAAUUAAGUUUCUUCACUCUCCACUCGAUAACACAAACUUCAUUCUACACAAUUAGAAAGAAAAAAUUAGACAUGUCUCCACAAACAUAAAUAAGAUUAGUUGUUUAAAAUAUUAAAUAUACCGAGAAAAUUAAUUAUAUGUGUGGGCGGGUACCCACGGGUCGGGUUUACCAAAACCCAAACCCAACCCGGUGAAUAGUGAACGGGUUUAAACCCAAACCCGACCCAAAACCCGUCAACACGGAUUUUACCCGCAUUGACCGGGUUGGGUCGGGUGGGUACCCAUGGAUUCGGGUUUGGUUGCCAUCCCUACACUAUAGUAUAUACUUUUAAUUUUCAUCUUCCUCUUAUUUGUUAAGUUUCUCAAAUAUUCUCAAUUAAUUAAUUUCAUUCCCCUUUCAAUUUUCUCCCUUUUCACUCUCUUAUUUUCUUCCUUUUCAUUGAGAACAAAUAUGAGCACGAUACGAGGGCAUUGCACAUUUCGAACCACGCGUAGGCUUUAAUCGGGUCUAGCAAAUUUAAAAAAUGGGCUGGUAAUUCAUGACACGAGAAAAAAAAUGAGCACGGUACAAUAGCGGUACACUGAUUGGAUGGUCAAAGGGUAAAAUAUCUUUUGUACCAUUAAAGUAUGAGAAUUGUG